CUAAUUCCUCUUCUCGCAAAACAUCCUGCCAUUCCACAAUUCGCAGCAUGGCGCCCGCCGCAAAGCGCCAGCGGCUCUCCGAUGGCAGUGCCGCAGCAGUGGAGACUGACAAUGCGUCCACGGUGGCCACGCCUCGUGCACAGACGAAUGAAGACCAAAAGCAGGCCGCGGCCAAACGAUGCUCACUCUUCGUGCGCUCCCUACCCGCCGACAUCACCACCGAGCAGUUGACUGAACUGUUCUCCGAUGCCUUCCCGGUCAAGCACGCCACCGCCGUCAUCGAUCCCGAGACCAAGCAAUGCAAGGGCUAUGGCUUCGUGACCUUUGCCGAUGCUGACGAUGCGGCACAAGCCCGCGCACAAUUCAAUGGCCACGAUUUUCACGGAAAGAAGCUGCGUAUCGAGAUUGCAGAGCCCCGACGUCGGGAUGGCAGAGAUGGCGAGAACGCGGCUUCCGUGGGUCGCCAACAAGCAGAACUGGAGAGGCAGCACCAGCCGUCCAAGUUGAUCGUACGCAAUCUACCGUGGUCGAUCAAAGGCCCGAAGCAGCUCGAAAAGUUGUUUCAAAGCUACGGCAAGGUCAAGAAGGCAUAUGUGCCUCAGAAGGGUCCGGGUCUCAUGGCUGGCUAUGGCUUCGUUAUCAUGCGUGGGCGGAAGAACGCCGAAAAGGCGAUUGAAGGUGUUAAUGGGAAAGAGGUGAAUGGGAGGACAGUGGCCGUGGACUGGGCCGUCGAGAAAGAGGUUUUUACAGAGCAGACGGACACCGAAGGUGUAGUCGAGGACAAUGCAGAUGAUCAAGAUGCGGAAGCGGUCGACGAAGAUCUAAUGCAGGACGAUGCAGACGACGUGGAGCAUACCGGCAGUGAGGACGAGGACGACGAUCAUGAAAGUGAAGACGGGACGAGCGAGGACGAAUGUACGGACGCCGAUGCAGACGAGCUGAACCAGGACGAUGACAGGCAGGAUCGUGCUGAAGACAGGUCGAGUACUCUGUUCAUUCGCAAUCUGCCUUUCACAUGCAGCGAUGAGGAUUUGGAGGACCAUUUCCAGCAAUUCGGCAGCACGCGUUACGCUCGAGUCGUAAUGGACCACGAGACUGGGCGCUCCAAAGGAACUGGUUUUGUAUGUUUCUACGAAAAGGCCGAUGCAGACGCAUGCCUCCGGUCGGCACCCUUCAAACCAACUGCCGUGAGCGAAGAAACCAAAAAAGGUGGCAAAAACGUGCAGAAUGCGCAGUCGGUGUUGCAGAACGAGAUGGCCGAUCCCACUGGACAGUAUACUCUGGAAGGUCGCGUACUGCAGGUCACCCGGGCUGUUGGCAAGUCCGAUGCAGCUCGAUUGACGGAAGAAGGCACCAAUCAUCGAAACAAACGCGAUCGUGAUAAGCGCCGUCUGUAUCUAUUGGGGGAGGGCACCAUCGCAACCAACUCCAAGCUAUGGCAACAACUGCCGCCAUCGGAGCAGGCAAUGCGUGAAGCCAGUGCCAAACAACGAAAGCAGCUCAUCGAGAACAAUCCUUCUCUACAUCUUAGUUUGACUCGGCUUUCUGUACGCAACAUUCCUCGCAGUGUCACUAGCAAGGAUCUGAAAGACCUUGCACGACAAGCUGUCGUCGGGUUUGCUACAGACGUCAAGGAGGGUCGUAGGGAUCGACUGUCCAAAGAGGAGUUGCUGCGUGGGGGUGAAGAAAUGCAAGCUGCAGAGGCUGCUCGAAAAAAGGCCGGCAAGGGUAUCGUGAAACAAGCCAAAGUCGUGUUCGAAAGCGCUGGUGGGAGCAAGAUCAAUGAGGAGAGUGGAGCAGGGCGUAGUCGAGGUUAUGGUUUCAUUGAGUACUACACACACCGAAAUGCCCUGAUGGGUCUUCGUUGGCUCAACGGACAUGCUGUGGAUUACCAGGUCAACCAGGGCAAAGGAAAGCUGAGCCGGGAGGAAGUUCAAGAUCGCAAGAAAAGACUGAUCGUGGAGUUCGCCAUCGAGAACGCCCAAGUUGUGAUGCGCAGGAACGAGAAGGAGCAAAAGGCUAGAGCGCGCACUCAACCGGGCAACGGCAAACCGGAAGACCAGGAUUCGGCAGUCAACAGUGCUUCGAAACCCAGAUCGCGAGGUGACAAACCUGGUCAGCGGAAGCGCAAGAGGACUUCCGACGACACAUCCGAUGCUGUGGAACCUUCGAAAUCCACCACAGACAAGCAGAAGAAGACCGUUGACGAGAAAAUUGCGAAGCGCAACCAGAUCAUUGGAAGGAAACGAGCGAUCCGUGCGCGCAGGAAGGUCGGCAAAUGAUGAUUGAACCAUCCAACCAAACUGGAUACACCAUCUGUCGUACCGGCAUUAGUUGCACGGCAUGUCUUUCGACUAGGUGACAUUCAUGCAUUCAUGAAGGCAGGCUUCGCACUAAUGCUCAGGUGCAGAGUGCAAUCGUGCACGCGCCGCCGAGCGCAGUGCAAGGUUGGUGCAGUAGGCCACGAUGACCAGGUUAGUAUACACCUUUAACAGGUCUGGUACCAAUGCAAGUUGUUUUGGCGUGGUCGUAACACCUCACCAGGAUUCGGCAUUCAAAUCGCCGAAUCGAGUGCGCUGGUACAAGCUGGCAUCGGAUGUCAACUGCAGACGAAAGGGAAGGAGUACCGGCGGCCACGGUCCGGUGGCAGGUUGCAGACAGCAGCCAAGCAAGUUGCCGACCAGCAGCUGCACGGCCCAAUAUGGCCACUGCUCGAGCUUUAACCGGGCUCUAGGGUUCACGAUCUUCUGUGCUGUACGACAUACGGCAACCGCGGCAUGUGUCGGGGUAGUGCCAGUCUGAACCUGUCAGAUGUUGCGCAGAAGUGUACGUACGCUGCACAAACUAGUGCAUGCAAUGUCAACGUCCACGGGCAGUGUCAGACCAGCAAAAGUGAUACAUAGCAGACAAUGAAAGCUGUCAGCGACGUCGUUCGCGACCCGGACAUCAAGUGAACUGGCGGACACGGCUUCGCACUGCCCUUUCAACAAAAAUGUCCAAUGUACAAUUCGACGACUUCUGUCAAACUUCAGAUUUGAGGAGAGCUUGAUUAACCUGACUGAAUGUGGGCGACAUCGCUGCUCUACCCCCAUGCUUGUAAUGCGACUGAUAGCGUAUUUCUCUCCAGUACUCAUGCCGUGGCAGGAUAACGACUGGAGGUGGGAUGCUUUGCGUAACAGUUGCAACGCCUGAAUGCAUACCAAAACUUGACCCACGACCUUUGUGAAGGGGUUCUAGCCAUGAUUGUAUCAUUAGCAUCGAUGUACUGUCGAUGAUCCAUGGGGUAAGUGGAGACAGUUUCCUCACAACCAGAACAGGCCACAGCAUCCAGACGCUCCACGUCUGCAGAGAAUCGGAUAUAAAAGAACAUGGGUUUCUCACACA